AUGGUCUCCUCAAUAAUCCCACCAAAGGUUGCCUCGCCCAACAGAGAUGUACAGGCCAUCGGCGGUGCCGCAGAUGCUGCGCGCAUGCAGAAUGUUGUCGGAUUCUACGAGAAGCUCCCACGCGGCGCUGCUCCAGCACCAAAGCCAAGCGGCCUUUUCCAGAGAUACCAGGCUAGAUACAUGGGAGCCAAGCCAAGCCCAAUGCCAAUCGUCCACGUCGUCGGCAGCAUGAUCCUUCUCGGAUACGCACAGAACUACUACUUCCAUCUCCGUCACCACAAGAACAACGCUCACUAG